UCAUCCACGUGCCCGUUUAGCCAAUAAUAGUACUCCUAGAACAAAGAGAUCUAUAUAAAAACGAACAGAGAAUUUAUCUUUAAUCUUGAAAAAAAUACAAAACAAAACAAAUGAAAGGAAUUAAGUAGUCAAAUGAAAUCUAAAAAGCCGUAUUUAUCGCUCGCAUUAACUACGCAUCCUUUCCGCUCUCCCUAUCUAUAUAUACACAUACAUAACAAUGCUACCCCCGACGCAUGCUCUGCGUUCUGCUUCAACAUCUCCCAAAAUGGCUUCUACUUUCUUCUUUCUCUUCCUCUUCUCUGUAAAAUUCCUCGGAACUGCUGAAGCCAACCCCAAUUACAGAGAAGCCCUCUCCAAGUCUUUGCUUUUCUUCGAAGGUCAGCGGUCCGGCCGCCUCCCCCUAGACCAACGAAUCAUCUGGAGGUCAAACUCUGGCCUCUCCGAUGGUUCCUCUGCUCAUGUGGAUCUGACAGGGGGCUACUAUGACGCUGGGGACAACGUAAAGUUCAAUUUCCCGAUGGCCUUUAGCACCACAAUGCUCUCCUGGGGAGCUCUGGAGUAUGGCAAGCGAAUGGGGCCUGAGCUCCAAAACGCACGUGUUGCCAUCCGCUGGGCCACAGACUAUCUGCUGAAAUGCGCUAGGGCAACUCCAGGAAAGCUUUACGUAGGAGUAGGCAACCCAACUGCCGACCAUAGGUGCUGGGAGCGACCAGAGGACAUGGACACUCCUCGUUCUGUCUAUUCCGUCUCACCUUCCAACCCUGGCUCUGACGUUGCUGCUGAAACAGCCGCGGCUCUGGCGGCGGCAUCCAUGGUAUUUAGAAAAGCUGAUCCAAAGUACUCACGUUUGCUGUUGUCAACAGCCAAGAUGGUGAUGCAGUUCGCCAUUCAGUACAAGGGUUCUUACAGCGACUCCCUUGCCUCUGCCGUUUGUCCUUUCUACUGCUCCUACUCUGGUUACAAGGAUGAAUUGAUGUGGGGAGCAGCAUGGUUGCUUAGAGCAACAAACAACCCGUAUUACGCCAACUUCAUAAAAUCCCUAGGAGGCAGGGAUCAGCCUGACAUCUUCAGCUGGGACAAUAAGUAUGCUGGUGCCUAUGUCCUCCUCUCACGGAGAGCAUUGCUGAACAGAGACAUCACCUUCGAGCCCUACAAGCAAGCAGCUGAGAACUUCAUAUGCAAAAUACUGCCACAUUCUCCCUACUCGACCACACAGUACACUCAAGGAGGAUUGAUGUACAAGUUACCUCAGAGUAAUCUGCAGUACGUGACAUCCAUAACAUUCCUGGUGACGACCUACGCCAAGUACAUGAAAUCGGCUCGACGGACUUUCAACUGCGGCAACUUGGUGAUCGUAGCGAACUCGUUGAUAAGUUUGUCAAAGAGACAGGUAGAUUAUAUACUGGGAAUGAACCCCUUGAAGAUGUCGUACAUGGUGGGGUUCGGACCCAACUUCCCGCGGAGAAUCCACCACAGAGGAUCGUCUCUACCGUCUCUGGCAGCUCGAUCGAAGACACUAGGGUGCAACGGUGGAUUCCAAUCCUUUUACACCCAAAAUCCAAACCCUAACAUAUUGACAGGAGCCAUAGUAGGAGGACCCAAUGAGAACGACGGGUACCCUGACCAGAGGGACGAUUACAGCCACUCGGAACCCGCCACUUACAUCAACGCCGCUUUCGUCGGGCCACUCUCCUACUUCGCCGCCUCUGCCUCUUCUCCCUAGUACCUUCUUCUUAUACUUUAUAUCUUUGGGCUCCGGGCCCUUCAAAUGUUAACGAUUGUGGGCCGGGCCUACACUUUCGUGGUUUUCUUUCUAAUGUAACUUUCUAGUUCGGCUUAUUUCACCAGAAAUAAUUGGGCCUCUAUUUUUA